AUGAAUACGGCAUCAGUGUACAUAUUAUUAGUCAUCAGGAUUAUCCUAGUGCCGGGGUCUGGAGAGAAUGUGGGCGGAGAGGGUAGGGAAGAGAUGAAGGCUAUCGAGAAGGAGGCGGAAGUAGCCGCGACGAGGGGGCCCUAUUUCGAUACCACGUUUUCCAAAAAUGAGACUGCACUCGUCGGCCGCAACGCCUUCCUCUACUGCAGGGUCCGCAACCUCGGCAACAGAACAGUCAGUCAACUUCUUUUAUUCUUGCAUGCUAACUAG